GACAAUUGGUUCUUUAAGCUCACCCCAAUUCAUGAAAUCUUGAAAUGCUGAAUGUGUGCAGCAUCCCUCCAGCGGCUUCAGAGAGUUGCCACGUUGGCACAAGAGCUGCAGCACUCCAUUAAAUCUUGCUCAACCUGCGCUGUGAACCGCGGAAGCCUUUUCCGCUCGCCGCCGAGAUCGAGUCCAGGUCGAUGGGUUACGUCGCCUGCUCCUUCAUUUCCUUCUCGGGUCCGGACGAUGUCCGUGCAGUCUACAAAUGACUCUGAAUUUGUGAUGGAGUCCAUAGAACUCCCUGCUGGAGCGCCGCCAGUAGGCGAUGUGUCAAAAGAGGCUGGAAUGGAGGAGCUUUUGCGUGCUGCCCGUGGCGGAGGAGGAGGGGUCCGAGUCUCUCGCCGCUGCAAUGGAUGUGGUGCCUGGCUGCAUUCCAAUAAUCCGGACGAGCAUGGCUAUGUCCCUGAAGAAGCAAGGGAAAAAUUCUCCUUAACGGGUCGCAAAAAGGACAGCGCCGCUCCAAAAGGUGUGCCAGUCGACUCAGUGCCAGACGGAGUAGAGGUCUUGCGUGACUCUUCAGUGAAGUACAAGGACAAGACCCGCUUGCUUCUUUGCCAGCGUUGCUACAGGUUACAGCAUUAUCACAGGCUAGAUGAGCAUGUGAAGGGAGGCUUCUACCGCAUGGAAGGUGGCCGUGAUUGGGAACACGAGGCAGAGAUCGUUGAGAAGAUCGUUAGGCGAAUACGCAAGGGGUCGAUUGUGCUAAUGAUCGUCGACAUUCUGGACUUUGAAAGCUCACUGGUGCCAGAACUUUUUGAUGGUUGCAGGAAUCGACAGUUUCCGGUCAUUGUCAUCGUCAACAAGGUUGAUUGCCUCCUGGACACCAUGGCCAACAAGGAGAAGGGCCUGGAGCGGUUGAAGGUGUGGGUGCGCAGGAUGUCUCGUCAGAUUCGCAACGUCCAUGCAAACGAUGUGAUCCUGGUCAGCUCUCAAAGUGGAUUCGGCUUCAAGCAGUUGGAGGACCGCUUGAGGCAUCAUUUGGAACCUGAGGACCCCAGAUGGAUCUAUGUGGUUGGCAGAGUGAACUCCGGAAAGUCCACCUUUGUGAACCGCUUCUUGUGGUACAUUGGUUACAGGCACCAGGGAGUGGUUCACUACAAAAGGGCUGUAGGGGGUGUGACCCGGUCGCCAGUGCCUGGCACUACACUUCAUUUUGUCUCUUUCGGCUUGCCCAAGGGUUUUCGCUUGGUGGAUACGCCUGGCAUCCCAUCCAAGAGCCAGGUGACCGCAAAGCUACAGGAAGCCAUAGAUUUAUACGCAGUGGUUCCCCGCCGGCGCAUCAAUGCCAUUUCCUAUGCUCUUCACACAGGCCGUUCAUUUGUGGCUGGUGGACUUGUGCGAAUUGAUCAGGUUCAGGGAAACAUUAGCUUCAUCAGCUCUUUCUUUAGCCUUGGCAUCACCUUGCAUGUUUGCCAAACCUGCAAGGUGGAGGACCUUAUGAGCAAGAAAGCGGGUACCUUUUUCUAUCCACCUCACAGCAGCGAAAGUUGCGAGAAGCUAGGCCCACUGGUGCGGCACCGUGUCGAGGUCUUUGGCAGCAGUGAUCGCGCUUGGGAUGAUAUUGUCAUUGCUGGAAUGGGAUGGGUGUCAAUCAGCGGGUAUGGCACGAAAGUGCUUGACAUUUGGGUUCCAAAAGGAGUGAAGGUAUUUAGACGACCAGCCUUGAUGCCACAGCAGAUGAGAAACCGUGGGAUUACAAGGUUUCACGUGAAUCACCGUGCAAGAAGUCCAAAGGUGUUUCGCAAAAAGAAGGCGAUCAUCAAGGCGAGGCAGGACAAAGAGCUCCGGGACAAGCUUAGAGAAGACCAGGCGACAAGAGAAGCUCAGCAGGCCGAGUCUCUCGACAUCCCACAUGAUGCUGCAUUUGUUGAUAUGCAAGAGUUGGAGCUUCCAGCAGGGUACUCGGUUGCUGAGACUUCUGACCAAGUAGAUAGCAACUAGUGGCGAAAGAUGUAACAUGAUGUACCCAAGGACCAUAGGAGUGGCCAAAGCCAGCCCUCCAAGUGUCGAUUUCCACGAGAGGAAAAGACCAAAAUUUCUUGAUGUUGCUCGCAUUGUGUUUGUCACUUGUGAGUAUUUGUAAACUGUUCACAGC